AUGCAGCAGCGAGGUGCGGUGGUGAUGCAGUCGAGGGCGGGCUUGCUGCAGCCCGUCAGGCUGGAUCCAAAGAAGCAGCGAGAAUUCGGAACAACAGCCACCAAGCUGCCACAGCUCUCCAGGACAGCCGAGGGCAGGCAGAUGGGUCCACCGAGGCGGAUGGCGGAGCAACCGGUGGGUGAGCCAGGCCUUCAGGCUGGGGACAGGCCGCAGCCGCGCAGGGCCCCGCCGCAGGACAAGAGACAGAUCCAGAAGGAACUCCAGGAAGCGCAGAGGUCCGAACUGGGUGGAGCGGGCGGCAUCGGACGGGCGCGUGGGGCCCCACAACGGCCGGCUUUCGUGCCCAUAGGUCGCCACCCGGCGGAGAUGGUUCGCCUGACCCCGGGUCAAGGGCCGCCAGGACCAUUCAUGCUCCCGCCCCACCUCCACGGUGGGUACUUCUUCCCCGGCCCGCCAAAGCACUUCAGCAGUAAGAGCAGCGAACCACCAGACAAGAUGCGGCAGGGUGCCCCGACUCCCCACGGGCCGCGGAGAGCCGUCGGUGCGAUGGCUCAUCUCGUCACGCCUGUGAGAGUCAGCUCAGGCCCAACUGGCAUUUCGCCGAGGGACAUCCACAUGCAUUCACCGAAAACUCACGCAAAUUCGCCGCCCGUCACACCUCGAGGCUUCAAAGAAGAGAACACGUCACCGCGAUUCUCUUCGGACGCCGAGAAAACGCCCCGCGCCCCUGUUGGGAAGCAGGAAGGAGGCGGGAAAGCGAGCCCGCGUGUUUCAGCAGAGGUGCCGAACGCGAAUUCUCCCAGAAGGGCAUUAGCAGAAGGAGACGCAGCGGCACCAACCGAACGCGGGAGAGGUAUGCCGAAAGACCAAAGUGACGAGAGAUUACUAAGGAACCUGAACCUCAAAAUGGCAGAAACCAAAAGUGGAAAGAUACCGGAGAGGGGAAAGCUACAAACCAGCACUGGUGCACCGGUAUCAGAAAUGAACAAGACUAUGAACGAUGUGACGUCUGGCCGGGGACGUGGCAACCCUGCAGCGCUGAUGCAGCACAGGAAUCCGUAUAUGGCAGGAGGCGGGGCUAUCUACCAGAUGGAGAGGAAGGCGCAGUUUGGCAGGGGUGGGGCGGUGGGACCUCCGUUUUGUGAUCCACAAGGUAUCGGCCUAGAGUCGUACGGUGGAAAGCCAGCGCAUUUUCACGGCCACAGUAUCCCAGGUCUACCACAGCAACAAAUGCCGACAAUGCCUUCGACAGGACUGGUACCAAUGUCUUCACCAAAGAUAAACACAGCCAGAGCUGCAACGGAUACCUCACGAAUGGCCUCGCAGAAGAAGCCUCCUACACCUGUAGCGAAGAAGACAGACUCUCCACCAAAGUCGCCAGCGCUUUUCUCACCGACGCUUCUCAUAGCGUCACCAGCGACUUCAUCAAUGAAUUCGCCGAGGCCAUCACUGAUGACAACGCGCAACACACCUUCAAAAAACACUGUUUCAGGGAAAAUAAAAAAUGCUGCAAAAGCCUCUCCAGGAAACUCGCCGAAGUCACCAUCACCGAGGAACUCGCCGGCGAGGACAUACGUAAUCACACGAAAGCAUUCGACAACACCGCUAUCGGUACCUUCACGUAAAAAGGCUCAGGCGACUGCGCCUGCAAACGUAUCGACGAAGUUACAGAUAGAUUCUCCAGCGCCUCAGACUACAACCGCCACAACAGGUAAGGACACAAAGGGAAGGUUUCAGAAUCCCAAAUCACGUUUGUCUGCAGGUGGAGAUCUCCAAACUGCCAAAGAAAGACCUGCUGUGUCUCCCUCUGCUGUAGCGCCCACAGCUCAGAAUCAGCCGUCUAAGGAGACGGACGAGUCUGACUAUCAGGCUAAAGAGCUGUCAGAUUUUAACAAGGAAGAACAGCUCACCAAAACAUCGCCACGUAUUAGAAAGCUGGCGAGAACGAGCUUGCAGCCUGUAAAAAACCCGUCGACCCCCAGAUCUGCCGUUUCGGACCACUUAGCAGACGAAGAGGAGGGAGAGAGCGGAAACACAACGGCAAAGCAGCCUGAAGGCACUCCGCGGAAAACCAGCGUUGGCGAUGGGAACAAGAAGUUGCUGACUCCCGUAAAAAACCGAAAAGGGGCCGCCAUUGGAGCCGCUCACACUGAAGGGCUCCGGGAGCCGCCGCGCGGAAGGGCAACUGCCUUGAGACACAAGCGAGGGCAACGCGCCGGGAAGGACUCUGUGGACGUGGCCGCCGCUCUCCCGGACACCUCUGGUAACUACACCUCGGCCGUGCACCAGUGGCUGCGCCAGAGUCACUACAAGGUCAUCUCCCCGCAGCAGUACAGGCAGCACGAGACGAUCGAAGAGGAGACUAUGAAGCACCCAGGGAUGACCGAGAAGAUGAUGGCCUUCCGGGACGAGCGGCCAAUGAAGGCGGCAGUUCCACAGCCGGAGAAGGCGCCACUCCCACCUCCACCGGAGAAGGGCGGGCGCAAAGGGCGCGUCGCGGCAACCAGGAAGCAGAAGGACAUCGUGGUGGUGCAGAAGCCGGCGGCGGCGCCCGCGGGCCGCGCCAGCAAGAAGGCGUCCAAGACGGCGGCUUCCAGCACGGAGACCGGCAAGCGGAAGGCGGGGGCGAAGCGGGGAACCGCCAAGGCCCGCGGCACGCGCCGCAAGAAGGAGAAGGAGCCGCGCUCCGGGGCCAAGCUGGCGCCCUCCGCCUGCCCCAGGCUGCGGCCCAAGGUGGGGCCCGCGGGCGACAGCGGAGACCUCUCCUCCAGCUCCGAGGACAGCAGCUAUCUGUCCGCCUCGGACGCAUCAAAGAAAAUAAAAGUCUUCAGCUAUGAAGAAGAGUCUCGCCAUCAAGCAAAAGAGAAGGUUUUGGGCAAAACAGUGUGA